CAACACAACACAUUCAUGUUUCUUAUUACAACCUCUUCAUCUAAAUCUUCUUAUCAUAAUUAUAAUUAUAAUAACAAUAAUAACAAUAACAACAAACAUUUUCUUCUUAUUCUCUCUUUCCUUUUUCUCAUCACCAAAUACAAAGAUAACAAAGCCUUUCUAAUGGGUCUCUUACUUUCAAGAACUUUGGCUUGCAAAUUCUUUUACCCUUUACUUUUUUCUAAGAAAGUUCAUAAUGAUUUUUUCCCUCAACAAUUAGAAAAUAUGAUCUGUUUGGUAUCCCCUCGAACAGGAAGACAUUUGCAAAGAUAUGAAAAAGGCUGUCGACAAGUUGUGGGAUGCAUUCCUUAUAGAUACAAAAGCAAUGGAACCCAAGAAAAAGAAAUUGAAGUUCUUUUAAUCAGUGCUCAAAAGGGUCAUGGAAUGCAGUUUCCAAAGGGUGGUUGGGAAAGUGAUGAAUCCAUGGAGCAAGCUGCUUUGAGAGAAACCAUAGAGGAAGCUGGAGUACUUGGCAGUGUUGAGGGUAAUUUGGGAAAAUGGUAUUAUAAGAGCAAACGCCAACCUACUAUGCAUGAAGGGUAUAUGUUCCCUUUGCUUGUUAGCAAGGAGUUGGAUAAUUGGCCAGAAAUGAACUUAAGAAAAAGAAAAUGGUUGAGUGUGGCUGAAGCAAAAGAAAUAUGCCCAUAUGCUUGGAUGAAAGAAGCUUUAGAUGAAUUGCUUAGUAGACAAACCAAUUCAAUCUAAAAUUGAAGGAUGUAAAUUCUAGGCACUCUCUCUUUGCUUUUGGAAUCUAGAAAGUGGUGGAACGGAAGGAAGCACUCAAGAUAUCAUUUUUGUUGGUUAUAUAUUUUUUCUUUUUGUUACACUCAAAUAAGUUACGUGAAUUCAGUUCAAGUAUGUAAAUUUAAUUUACUACAUACGUGAACCACGUAAGUAAUCUAUUUGUGUGUAACUCGAAAAAAUAGGGAUGUGACUAGCAAAAGUGAAAAUACAUUAGGACAUAGAAAAAUUGAAAUCUCAUUAAAAAAUGGGGAAAUUCGCAAUUGUCAAUUUGUCCCUUGUCCCUUGAAGUUUGUUUCAUGUCUUCAAGAUUUGCUAGAGUUGGCAAGUAUAACAGCAAAUUAUGAACUCUUAGAGUGUAGUUGAGGUCUAACUAUAGAAAAAUCCACUGACAACUUCAAUUCAUUCUUUCAUUCAAUUGAUUCUUUGGUAAUAAUGUAUCUCUAACAAGCUAUGUGUAAUAAUAUACACUUUUCUUCUAGUUUGUGGCUGAAUGGUAUCUAUUGCUAUCACUAUGAUUAA